AUGUCCGCCCGUCAAGACGAGGAUCAACAGCUUCAGGCCCAGACUCAGGCGCAGGCCCAGGCUCAGGUGCCUCUGUCGCUGUACAGGGAGCGGCUGAAGAUUGCCAACGCCUGUCAGUCCUGUCGGGCGAGCAAGGUGAAGUGUGAUGGUGGUCGUCCAGUCUGUGAGAGAUGCCAGAAAAGAGGCAGGGCGUGUCACUAUAGCCAACAUGAUGCGGCCUCGCCAAGGGGUCGCGGCAGACCAAGAGCAAAAGCACCAACCCGUCAACCCAGACCCAUCCGCAGUCGUGUCUCCGUUGAGCUUCCAAUUACAGCUCCAACCCCCGUUACUGCCAGGAAUUCGCCCCUGGCUGCGCAAGAAUACACGCUGCAAACCCCUUCUGCAACCCAUACCCCGUCUACCACAGGACUAUCGGGUUCGGACUUCGAGCAAGCUCACGAGGAUCGAGACGAGAGUCGGGCAUUCUACACCGCACACGGGCGGUUUGCCGGACAAGUCUCCUCGACAAUCGACAAGAUAGCCGGGCUGAGCCCAGACACCACCUGCAGUCUUGUCCCGUUUGUCGACGCGCCGCUGUUCGGGGAUGUAGGAGAGCUGCCACGAAGCGUCGUACUUGACUUUGCUUCUGAGUUGCCUCGAGCUUAUGCUGACAGGUUACUUGGCAUAUACUGGCAUCAUGUGCAUCCCGUGGAGCCUGUGCUUGACCAGCAGCGAUUUUCCCGGAUCUACGAUGCCUUCUACAGUGGAUCCGGCACCCCAAUAGACGUGGAUCGUGACGUUUGGCUCAGCACACUGAACAUUGUGUUCGCCCUGGCGGUGCAGAUACAAGAAGCCAUCCCUAUGCAGAAGCGAGACGAUGAGGCCAACCGUUAUUUCCAACGCGCAUGGGCAUUGCUGCGACCCGAGGCAAUCCUCUGGAAGCCCGGCUCGCUCGAGCUGGUUCAGUGCUUGUUACUGAUGAAUCGUUAUCUUCAUUGUACGAACAACCAGCAAAAAACAUCGAUGACGGCGACUCUGGCAAUUCGAAUCGCGCAGAACAUGGUUUGCCAUACAUGUGAAGAGGCGUCAUCUGGUGAUGCCGACAAAGAUUUGCGACAAAAGGUCUGGGCUAGCUGUGUUGCCUUGGAGCGACCAGCACUGCCGACUGGCCAUGGAGCCGACUUUCACGCAUGGGAGCUUGAACUGCAUGAGAUUGGCACUCACAUUCAGUUGGCGCAGGCGCAGGUGCAGAGUAGAAACAACAUCGCGAUCAAGCUGGGACUCCCCCGUUUGUACCAGCAAGACGAGUAUCACUCCAUUGCGGUGCAGCUGGACGGCUGCUUGAACAAGUGGGAGAAGAGUCUGCCUGACGACUGGAAACUGCAAAAUAUGCACAUGAUUCACGACAGGAGGGCAAGAGCUGAAAGAUAUCUGCUUCACUUUCGGCUCCUUCAUUCUCGAAUCUAUCUACACCGGCCUAUGCUUGCACGACUAUACGCCAUCAAAAGCCACGCACCCACGGUUGCAGCAGCCUCCGAUCCUCCCACGAUAACCGACCGCCUCCUUCGAGAAUGUGCCAGAAUGUGCCUUGAGGCAGCACAGAAGCUCACAUCGCUCAUUGCCGAGAUCCACGACCCCAGCGAAUCAAUAGGCAUCCUGCCUUGGUGGUACCGGAUCUACUAUCUGCACAUUGCUGGCAUCCACUUUCUGGCGGCCAUGUUUGCCCCUGACCUCUUCACCCCGUCAGUCGAACGAGCCUGGUAUCAAGUGCUAGCAGUUCUCAGGGCGCACGAGCACUUGAGUUUGUACGUUCAUCAAUGUGCUCGGACUUUCGAGAUGCUGGCAGCGAGAAUCUUGAAUGCUCGGUGUCUGAAUGCAGAUGGAAAUGGCGUUAUGGCUCUGGAUGAUGGAGCCCCAGGCCUGUUCUUGGAUGACAUGUUCCAGGAUGUAAACUUUGACCUCGACGAUUUUCUAUUUAGCGUAUAG